UUUUCCACUUUUCAUCUUAUCCAAAAGUCACUCAAAACCUUGACAGCACUGGCCUUACUCAAAAGGCAAAGUAAUGUCUUAACAGGAGUGGUGACAGCACCUGUCUCCUUUCAGCUAUUUCUUACACUGGUGCCUCCCACUGUCACUCUAUUUUAUGUUUUGCCUUGUUCUUAGCUGCUUUCCAGAAAGUGUUUCACUCCAGUGUACAGGCACAUUCCUCAGUACCCUACUGCCACUCUGAUAUUUUCUUUGAAUUUCCUGUUUCCUUCUCCCUUGUUAGAGUCUUGGCACUCUAGGACAGCUGUCCCCUGGAGCUGUCAUACACACUGUAUGCACCCUCACUGCCUAGAUUAUUUUGUAUUAAAGAUAUGCUUUUCCUUCUCUGUAUUCUGUUCUGACCAAUUGCUAUUCAUUAGGAUAUUCCUCUUCAAUGUGAUGAGUAUUUAUAAAAUACCUGAAGUCAUCUUGUUCUGUUUAGAUGUCUUUAAAAGCAUAGGGUUUUGUGUGGUUAUUUUCUUUCCUUUUUCUGUAAAUGUGAUUUUAUGGCAGAGAGGAAUAUUUGGAAAGAUAUAAUAGAACACUAAUUUGCAUGCAAAUAAUUUCAUGCUGUGUCUAUAAAGUGGAUACUUUGUUAUCUUAUUCCCAUAAGUAACAUUCUCACUUUGUCAAUGCGUCUUGGUCUAAGAAUCUUCCCGAAAACUGUCUCUAAUUUAUAGCAGAGGCUUUAAAUAACCUUAAUGAAACUCAGAAUUAAUUUAUAUCUCUGAGUUGUACCUCACAAGAGAAUAUUAGAUGAUCUGUUUAUCCCAAAAAAACCAUACCUUCAAGAUGACAAUGAAUGCAACUGACUUUCUCACAUCUUCUUUCACUGAAAAACCUGCACAAGGACGAUUGUAGUGUGGCAUCUUGAUAGACCUCCUAAAUAAUUCAGUGUGACCUCAAGGCCUUACCUGUUGACUCUAUUCUGCAAGUAUAUAGAGUACAAAGGGUGUCCUCAGCUUUUUGUCUAGCGGGAAAACCUUUUCCUAUCUGCUUAUCACAUCCUCCAGCAAAGACACUACAUUUAGUCAGUCUCUGAUGUAUGUAUAUGUAAGGCAAGAAAGAAUCUGCUUCUGUUAGAAGGUAUUUCUCACUCAGCUAGUGCUCCAGAUCAAAUCACUAAUCUCAGCAAAUUAACCAUACUAAUAAUCAUUGCUGAGACGCUGAGUUAAUGUUACGCUUAGAUACCUGCCAAAUUCUGAGAAAUAAGCCUAAAAUAUUCAGCUUCACUGCUUUGAAGUGCAUGAGUUCUAAAAACCACAUCAUCCUGAAAACAACCUUGUAUGCGUAGCAAUAUUCAUUUUUCCUUGUCUCAUCUCAGAUCAGAAAGCAAAACCAUCCCAAUGUGGUGGAGUGACAAUCCCGACAAGUAGAAAAUUUACUUGAACCUCCCCAAGGUUCGGUCAUGUGAUGUCUCCUGCGUUUCUUCUCUCUCGCAGUCUCUCAGGAAACAGCCGCAGCGGUAGGUGUGCGCGGCAGGGUUUAAUCUCAUCUACAUGUGCAUUCCUGCGCACACAUGGAGACGAGUGUGCUCCGGCGGGACAUUAACGCUUCUCCGUCGUUUACAGACAUGGAGAAAUACCCGGGGACGGGUGGAGAGGCGCCGGCCAACUGAGGGCAGCCUGCAGAAGGACGCGCGGAGGCUACGAGCGAGGAUGCGCAUGUGAUUUCCUACUGACUCCAGAGAGGGACAACCAGUCGUGACAUGGAGAAUAAAGAAACCCUUAGGGGGUUGCAGAAGAUGGAUGACCGCCCAGAAGAGCGCAUGAUCAGGGAGAAACUCAAGGCAACGUGUAUGCCAGCCUGGAAGCAUGAAUGGCUGGAGAGAAGAAGCAGGAGAGGCCCUGUGGUGGUGAAACCUAUCCCUGGAAAAGUAGAUGGAUCAGAAAUGAACAAACUCUGUCUAGAUACUCAAGCUGAAGGACAGAACACUGCUUUGUCACCUACACAGAAAGGAAGACGUAGUCCUUCUCCUAGCAGUUCCUCUUCAUCAUCUGCUAGGACAGUUAAAUCUGAGUCACCAGGUGUUAGAAGAAAAAGGGUAUCUCCAGUGCCUUUUCAGAGCGGACGGAUAACACCACCGCGACGAGCCCCGUCUCCAGAUGGCUUCUCUCCGUACAGCCCUGAGGAGACAAAUCGCCGUGUCAACAAAGUGAUGCGAGCCAGACUGUACUUACUGCAGCAGAUAGGACCCAACUCUUUCUUAAUUGGAGGUGACAGCCCCGAUAACAAAUACAGAGUGUUUAUUGGACCUCAGACUUGUAGCUGUGGCCGUGGGACAUUUUGUAUCCAUCUGCUGUUUGUUAUGCUGAGGGUCUUUCAGCUUGAACCCUCAGACCCCAUGCUCUGGAGAAAGACACUGAAGAACUUUGAGGUUGAGAGUUUGUUCCAGAAAUAUCACAGUAGGCGUAGCUCGAGGAUCAAAGCUCCAUCUCGUAACACCAUCCAGAAGUUUGUCUCACGCAUGUCAAAUUCUCAUACAUUGUCAUCAUCUAGUACUUCUACAUCUAGUUCAGAAAACAGUAUGAAGGAUGAAGAAGAACAGAUGUGCCCAAUUUGUUUGUUAGGCAUGCUGGAUGAAGAGAGUCUAACUGUGUGUGAAGAUGGCUGCAGGAACAAAUUACACCACCACUGCAUGUCAAUAUGGGCAGAAGAAUGCAGAAGAAACAGAGAACCACUCAUCUGUCCACUUUGUAGAUCUAAAUGGAGAUCUCAUGAUUUCUAUAGUCAUGAAUUGCCAAGCCCUGUGGAUUCUUCUGUUCUCCGUGUGGUUCAGCAACAAUCUCAGCAGCAGCCUGCAGUUGGAUCACAGAGAAGAACUCAAGAUAGCAAUUUCAACCUUACUCAUUAUGGAGUCCAGCAGAUCCCUUCUACAUAUAAAGAUUCAGCUGAGCCAUGGAUUCAGGUAUUUGGGAUGGAGCUAGUUGGCUGCUUGUUUUCUCGAAACUGGAAUAUACGAGAGAUGGCACUUAGACGUCUUUCCCAUGAUGUUAGUGGUGCUCUGUUACUGGCUAACGGUGAAAGCACUGGAAACUCCGGAAGCAGCAAUGGAAACAACACAAGUGCUGGAGCUCUGGGAGCAGCUAGUGGGUCAUCUCAGACCAGUAUCUCAGGAGAUGUGGUGGUGGAAUCCUGCUGCAGUGUGCUGUCCAUGGUCUGUGCUGACCCUGUCUACAAAGUGUAUGUUGCUGCUUUAAAAACUUUAAGAGCCAUGCUAGUGUACACUCCCUGUCAUACUUUGGCAGAGAGGACUAAACUACAGCGACUUCUCAAGCCAGUAGUAGAGACGAUACUAGUAAAGUGUGCAGAUGCUAACAGUCGAACAAGUCAACUUUCAGUCUCAACGCUAUUGGAGAUGUGUAAAGGUCAAGCAGGCGAGCUGGCAGUUGGGAGAGAAAUACUUAAAUCUGGCUCCAUUGGUAUUGGAGGUGUUGAUUAUGUCUUAAAUUGUAUUCUUGGAAAUGAAAUUGAAUCUAGCAACUGGCAAGCACUGCUGGGACGACUUUGUCUAAUAGACAGACUUCUGUUGGAAUUUCCUGGUGAAUUUUACCCCCAUAUUGUCUGUGGAGAUGUCUUGCAGGCUGAUACCGUAGUUGACAGGUAUAAGAAACUUCUCUCCCUCUUAACUUUCGCCUUGCAGUCAAUUGACAAUUCCCACUCAAUGGUUGGCAAACUGUCACGGAGAGUAUUUUUAAGUGCAGCAAGAAUGGUAGCAAGAGUGCCCCAUAUUUUUAUAAAGCUGUUAGAUAUGUUGAGUGUGACAAGCUCAACUCAUUAUGCAAGGAUGCGUCGACGUCUGAUGGCAAUAGCAGAUGAAAUGGAAAUUGCAGAAGCCAUUCAGUUAGGCAUGGAAGAAAUGCACUCUGGGGAAUGCCGACAUGAAGACUUUUUACAGCUACCCGUGCCAGAUAACUCUCCAGAAACUACAGAAAAUAAUACUCCUAAUAAUACUGUGCAGUUAUCAGGGAAAAGUGGGAAAGGUCUGAGUGACAGAAAACUGAGUGCCAGUCCAGACGACAUUUCUGAGAUCCUAGGUGGCCUUGCUGUGGGACUUCCUGUUUCAUCAGUAACCACUGAGCAACCAAAACCAACCAUUCAAACAAAAGGAAAACCCCAUAGUCAGUGUGUGAACUCCCCUCCCUUAUCCAGUCAUUCCCAGUCACUAUUCCCAACACUUAUGUCUCCAUCAAACCCAUCUGUACCAGCUGGCCCUGUAACAGAUGUCUCUAAACUCAGACCUCAGGGAUUUGUUCCCUGCAAAAUCCCCUCACCUUCUCCUCAAACACAGCGGAAACUUUCUCUCCAGUUUCAGCGAAACUGUAAUGAAAAUAAAGAAUCUGAGAAACUUUCUCCUGUUUUUACCCAAGCCAGGCCAUUGCCAUCCAGUCACGUACAUAGGCCAAAGCCAUCACGACCCACCCCAAGUGAUGUGAACAAGCAAGGAGAAACCUUAAAAAGCAGUAUGACACUUGACCUGAAUGAUAUUUCACAGUGUGAUGGCAAUAGCAGUGCAGUUAUACCAAGUGAAGAGACUGUGUUCACACCAGUAGAUGAAAAGUGCCGGCUGGAGGUUAAUGCAGAGCUGAAUUCCAGUAUUGAGGACCUACUUGAGGCUUCCAUGCCAACGAGUGAUGGCACAGUUACAUUCAAGUCUGAAGUUGCAGUUCUUUCUCCUGAGCGGGCAGAAAAUGAUGAUACUUACAAAGAUGAUGUAAAUCAUAAUCAAAAAUGCAAGGAAAAGAUGGAAGCUGAAGAGGAGGAAGCUUUAGCUAUUGCUAUGGCAAUGUCAGCAUCUCAAGAUGCCUUGCCAGUAAUUCCCCAGCUACAGGUCGAAAAUGGUGAAGAUAUCAUAAUCAUUCAGCAGGAUACACCAGAAACCCUGCCUGGACAUACCAAAGCAAAACACCAUUACAGAGAAGAUGCAGAAUGGCUUAAAGGUCAACAAAUUGGUCUUGGAGCUUUCUCUUCCUGUUACCAAGCUCAAGAUGUGGGAACAGGGACGUUAAUGGCUGUAAAACAGGUGACAUAUGUUAGGAACACAUCAUCUGAGCAAGAAGAAGUGGUUGAAGCACUGAGGGAAGAAAUAAGGAUGAUGAGUCAUCUGAACCAUCCUAAUAUUAUUCGAAUGUUGGGUGCUACAUGUGAGAAGAGCAACUAUAACCUCUUUAUUGAAUGGAUGGCAGGGGGUUCAGUUGCUCAUUUGUUAAGUAAAUAUGGAGCCUUCAAAGAAUCGGUUAUUAUUAAUUACACAGAACAACUGUUACGUGGCCUUUCUUACCUCCAUGAGAAUCAGAUAAUCCAUAGAGAUGUUAAAGGUGCCAAUUUGCUGAUUGACAGCACAGGUCAUCGAUUAAGAAUUGCUGAUUUUGGAGCUGCAGCCAGGUUGGCAUCAAAAGGAACUGGUGCUGGGGAAUUUCAGGGACAGUUGUUGGGAACUAUUGCAUUUAUGGCACCAGAGGUCCUGAGAGGUCAGCAGUAUGGAAGGAGCUGUGAUGUGUGGAGCGUUGGCUGUGUUGUUAUAGAAAUGGCUUGUGCUAAACCUCCUUGGAAUGCAGAGAAACACUCCAAUCAUCUUGCUCUGAUAUUUAAGAUUGCUAGUGCAACUACUGCUCCAUCAAUCCCUACGCAUCUGUCUCCGGGCUUGAAAGAUGUGACUCUUCGGUGUUUAGAACUUCAACCUCAGGACAGACCCCCUUCCAGGGAGCUGCUGAAACACCCAGUCUUCCGUACUACAUGGUAGCUACUUGUUUGUAAGGCUGAAAUACUGAAGAAAAUGCUACUGAACAUACAAUAACUGUCUUGCAGUGCAGUUAAGGGCAGCAAAUUAUGUAAUUCUGUUGGCCUUAAUGAUAGAUACAUCAAGAGCAUAAGGCCAGUGGAGGACCCUACCUAAGUAUGUGAUUGACAAAUCAAGAUCUUUACCUAAGCUCAGUAUGCAACAUUUGACAAUUCAUGCAGAAUUUAUAAACUGUGCCUUUUCAAACAUCUGGCUAUAUGUUAAAAUAAAAAUAUUUUUCCUUAAAUCUGCAUGAUUAUUUAGCAGGUAAGUGAUUUUUAUUUUAUUUAGAGCACUUUUUCAGCAGUAUUAGAAGCUGAGAGGCUCGAGAUCUAUUUUAAUAUAGCAAUCACUGUUCAAUUUCACAUGUAGAUGCUCUGCAAUUAGUAAGUUUUCAGUACUGGUUAAAAGGGCAUUCUGUAUCUGUCCCUUUUAAUUACAUUAUGUUCUCUGAGUAACAAAUCCAAAUAUUGGUGGAAACUUUAAAAAAAGCAUUUGCCUUCCUAUAAAGUAAGAGCAGGCACUCAUGGUUCACUGUGCAUUUACUGCUGGCCAUGUAAUUUCUUUUGAAAUCAAAGUUUGUUUUCUUUGUAUUUUUAACUUUCUGAAAAGGGGAUAUUUUAAAAUAGUCUUUAGAAAAAAAGAUGCAAGCUGUGUCAUGGAAUAUUUUCCUGACACAAAGAGUUUUAAAACCAGAUUUGCUGGAAAUCUGGGAUAAAAUGCCGCCUUCAACAAGGAUAUGUUGAAGGCUCUGAUAGUAUAGGUUAUUUAAUAAACAAGAUUGUUCUGUAUAAAGCGACUUAGUCUGAACCAUGCUAGAAGUUGUUGAGCCUUUUUUCAUAUAGCAGUUUCUUCUGGCAAAUCGUGUAGAGAAGUGUCAUGUCAAAGGCCCCCCAAACCCAGCUCCCAUUAAAGUUUUUAUGGGAGACUUUGGCAUGUACUUCAGUGUGAGCAGGUGCCAAAUGAGCAAAUCUCAUUCUUUGUGUAAAGAAACUGAGGUUACAUUCUCUACUGAUAACAAGUUUUACCUGCUGUUUUCCUUCUGCCGUACAUCAUCUAUUUACUGUAGCCAUUAGUGAUAAUUUAAUUUGAAAAUGUUAAAAAUAUUACCAUAAGAAAGGUAUUUAUUUUAACAAGAAACAAACUUGGACUUGAAGAUCAAGAUAAAGUAAAAUGUGAAGUAAAGCUUCACCUGUAGUGCAAAACUUGUUGGUUUUUAGGAGCUGUGGGGGUUUUUUUUAAACAGGUUUUUAAAAUUAUUUUAAAGGCAGGUUUUUAGAUUCUGAUGCAUGUAAUUCUGAAGGAAAAUGGCAGCUUUUUCUUUUGCUUUUUUAAAAAUGGGGAUCUUUUUUAAUCUAAUAAUGAUUGUGUUUAAUCCAUUUUGAAAAAAAAUACUGUUCAUGUUAUAACUCUUCAGAAGCCAGUUGGAUUGUUGGACUCAAAUAGAAUUGGUUAUUUUCAAAGACUCAGGACAAACUAAAUAAGCUAUAGUACCUUAAAAGUGUAUAAUACAAAUUGGAAACAAGACAUCUUAAAGAUAAGUUUACAUGAAUGAUAGUGCUCAUACUAAUAAAAAAAAAAAACAAAACCCAUGUCAUUAGUUGUGAAUGUGUUUCUUUUGGAAAUUUUACAUUCCUUUGUUUUUGAAGAUUGGCAGACUUUGAAGAGUUAAAAAGAUAAUACCGAAAUGUGAAGUUUGGUAGCUCUGUUUUGUACUUGACUUUUUUUUUGACCACUUUAGAAUUUCUCAUUCUAAUAAGAUUGUUUCCAAGUCUUUCUUAUGUGCAAGCUUUAAAGGAUGCACUCUUGCCAAUUCAUGUACUGGAAGAUCAGUUGUCAGAUUAAUACUGUUUCUGGCAGAAAUGUAAACUGUAUAAACUGAUGAACCUCAGCUAAUCAGUAUUACUAUGUAGAUCACCAUGCCUACCACAUUUCAAACUCAAACUGCCUCUUAGGUGUCCAAAUGCAUUUGUUUGAGUUUGCAUUUCCCUCGGCUUGCUGGUAAUUGUGGUGUUUUUAAAAUGGAGAUGUGAUGUAAUAUUCUUAUUUUCUUUGGAUCAAAGCUGGACUGAAAAUUGUAUUGUGUAAUUAUUUUUUGUGUUCUUAAUGUUAUUUGGUACUUAAGUUGUAAAUAACGUCUACUGCUGUUUAUUCCAGUUUCUACUACCUCAGGUGUCCUAUAGAGUUUCUUCUACCAAAGUUCACUUUCACAAUGAAAUUAUAUUUGCUAUGUGACUGAUUCCUAAGACUUCCAGGGCUUAAGGGCUAACUUCUAUUAGCACCUUACUGUGCAAGCAAAUUUUACAGAAAUCUCUGGGUUAAGAAAUUUGGCUUCAUUGUAUCCUUUGUUAUUUUAAAUAUAUCAAGAUAUUUUAAUUAAAAGUUUUUACCCCAUUGAA